AUGAGCAAAUGUUUGAAAAACAGAGCGAUCUGUGGAAGAAGACAACGUGAAUGCCAUGGUUUACCAUGCCAUGGUUUGCCAUGCCAUGGUUUGCCAUGUCAUGCAGAUUGGAGGUAUAGACCACCCAUUCAGGUAGUUCUCUGUUCAACAACUGAGGAUUUUCAAGAGGAAAGAGAUUAUUUGGAACAUCAUGUUUUCCCUUUUCUUAAUAAACUCUGUAAAUCCAGGAGAAGUUCCUUUAAAGUUUUAGAUAUGCAGUGGACAUCACAUGAAGGACAUCAUCGCGCAAACACAGAUUCCCACAAACUAAAAGUUUCACUAGAUCUCAUCACCAAAAUCUCACCUUUCUUCAUAUGUAUGUUAGGUCAGAAAUAUGGUGAAUAUUGCCCACCAGAUAUGGAACACUUUCCAGCAAGUGGAACAGAUGCAGAAACUUUAUCCAAUGUGGAAAGGAAUAUCCAAAUCGCUGCAAGAAAUGGCUACUCAUGGAUAUUACAUGAGAACUAUCAAAAUUGCAGUUUGAUGGAACUUCAGAUAAUUGAGGCAGCCUUAAUGAAUGACUCUGGUUUCAGUUUCUUUUAUUUUCGAGAUUCUCGGUAUGUUGAAGAUUUACUUCUGAAUGCUGCACCAGAUGAAACAGAAAUGAUAGAGCAUAAAUAUAAAAGUAAAGAUGAACACGAAAAGCAGAUGAUAAUGAAGCUGAAGGAAAAGAUAGUCAAUGAAGGGUUACCUAUUGAAAUUUUUAGAACUAUUGAAGAAUUAGGAGAAGUAAUCAUGAGAAACUGUAGCGAUGUCAUUGACAGGUUAUAUCCUAUGGAUUUAGUUCCUUUGCAAACUGAUCGAGAAAGUUAUCUAGAAAUGUGUUACCAUCAAGCAUUUUUGCAGCGGCAUUGCCAAGGUUUUGUUGAAACAAGAGAAAUGAAGGAGAUUUUUGGAAUCCUGAACAAAUUUGCUUUUUCCUUGCUAUACGAUGUUAAGAAUGAAGGUAUCAGUGAAUUGCCAAAAUCUGGAUGUCCAAUUCUCUUCAAUAAAAUGGCACUAAGUCGAUUAGAGCCUGUGCCCAAGGGCAAAUCUGUCCUAUUACUUUGCGGAGAGAAAGGCUGUGGGAAGUCAACAGUGAUCUGCAACUGGCUAAAAUACUUCACACAGACAAAUCCAAACAUUCAGGUGAUAACUCACUUUGUGGGGAGUAGUUCUGCUAGCCUCGACAUCAUGUCCUUCAUGAGGCACUGUAUUUUAAAAUUACGCCAUGAAUAUUUUGGAGCAGAAGAUCACCCUGAUACAUUCAGUGAAAAUCCUGCAGACCUUUGGGUAUUUCAGAUGAUUCACAAAGCCUUCAUAGCAGCAAUUAGUUUAAAACCAUGUUUGCUUGUGUUAGAUGGUGUUGAUCAACUAACUGGAUCCCGUGGGAUGUCAGCACAGCAGGUUAAGAAAUUCUCAUGGCUUCCAUGGCCCCUCCCAGAUCAAUGCAGGCUUAUUGUGACCACUACAUCAUCCAACCUUUCCUACAAAUCACUUUUAAAGCAUAAAGAAGUACAUAUGGUUCAGUUUUUCAACAAAAUUACUGAUAAAGUCAGAAGCCAUAUCUUCCAUCAGCAUUUGGCCAUGCCAUACAAAGAGAUAAAUGAAAACCAAAUCCAAAAUAUUCUGAGUAGAAAAUUGAGCUCACUUCCACUUGUCCUGGUUAUUUUGGCGAAUGAACUUAGAGUGUGUGGAGCAUUCAGAAAUGAGACUGAUUGUUUAGAGGAAUAUCUCCAGUGUCGUUCUGUUCAGGAUUUGUGGGCUGCUGUCUUCAAACGGUGGAUUGAAGACUACAGUUGGGUUACUGAGAAGAGAACUUGUAGCAGAGAAAAAGAAAUCUCUUACUCCUGUGCUCAUUCUUCCAUUUCAGGUAUGAAGGGCUGGGUCGUUGACAUCCUUUGUCUGCUCAGUGUAUCUCGUAAUGGACUAAAUGAGGAGGAUAUCCAACAACUUCUUAAAGAUCUAGGCUACAAAGACACCAAUGAGAUCAGUAGCUUUGACUGGGCUCUCUUCCGGACUGCCACCAUGGCAUGGAUACAAGAAAGGCCAGAUGGAUUGUUGAAUUUCACCCACCAAUCAAUACGUGAUGCUGUGGAAUAUCUCCUUCUUGGUGUAAUUGCUCCAGUCAAUGAACCUACUUCAAACACCUAUCAAAAUCAUUUCAACCAUAAAAAGACCCUCGGUCACCAACUAUUUAAAGAGUACCUUGCACAGCAAAAAUACACCCUGAAACUUUACCAAGAGCUACCUUGGCAUCUGGAAAUGAGUGGAAACCUCCGUGAUUUGUGUACGAUUGUAUCUGAUCCCAUAAUCAUGGAUCUAAUUUAUCAGAAUUCAAAGCAUUCUUAUCAAUCGAAGCUGGAUCUUGUCCAUCACUGGGAUUUGUUAUCAGAGGCAGGAUUUGAUCCUACGGUUGCCUAUCACAAAAUGGUGGUUGAGUUCCUGGCCAGACCCUAUGUAUCAGAAAAUGGUGACAAUGAAAUGUUGAACUAUGACAACUGCAGACAGGCUACUUUGAUAUGGUUUACUGCAGAGUUUCUGAAAGAACUUGACAAGACUGCAGAAGCAAAAGAAAUACUUCAAAUUGCCCUAACUUUAUUGCCAGAGACAUGCCCUCUGAGCCUAAAGGAAACUGAAAUUUAUUUUAAAGUUCACUACAGUAUCGGACAGCUAUGCGUCACUAUGGGCAAAACACAGGAUGCAGAAAAGCAUUUUCGAAAGGCUUUGCACAGUAUAGAUUAUGCUUCGAGAUAUAUCAGGAAAAAUCUUCCAGAUAUGGCCAGAUGUUUAGCACACUUGUUGUUUAAAUUGGCUAAUUUAGUUAUGCAAGGAGGCUCAACUGACAUUACAGAUAUACUGCAGAAGGCCAGGAGGAUUACCAAAAAGACCUGUGAUCCAUGCACAGAAGCAAAUUUAAAAAUUCUUGAAGGUUUCCGAAAAAUACAUUUAAGUAAACUGCUUGAAGCUGAAAAUUAUUUUAAACAGGCAUUAGAUAUCAGGCAAAAAUGGUAUGGUAAAUUGCAUCCUGUAGUUGCUGAGAUACUGGAACCCCUGGCAGAUUUGCUGUGCUAUCCUAAGUACUCAAAAAGCUUAGACUGGAGUCAAUCAAAAAAGUUUUACAAAGAAGUGCUCAAAAUUCAAGAGGACAGCAUGCAGCGGGCCAGAUCUUCAGAAAUUAGAGAUCAGAUCAAUCUCCAUAGAGCCAUUACUCUCUAUAAACUAGGAAAACUAUUAAAAAAUGAUGACAAUUGUCUAGCUCGAAAAGAAACAGCAGAACGUUUACGGCACUCAUUUGACUUAUUAACUGAACUGCUGGGUCCUAACCAUCAUUUAACAAUGGAAGUGCGAAGGUUGCUCAAACAUGCAGAGAAACGGGUCUGCAAAGAUAUGACAGAGUUGAUAUUAGAUAGUCCUAAAAUUUCUACCACUUUUUUCACAAAAAGACAUAAUCGGGCAGAAUCUGAUUUGCAAUGUCCUUAUGAAAGAUUGAAGAUCCACCUUAAUUCGAAGGUUUUAGAUAGCAGCCAAGCUGACAGCCUACAGAUGACUGCCAAUGCCAACUCUGCACAAACAACACACCCUGUUGACACUUCAAAAGAAAAGUCGCAAGCAGAUGUAUAUUCUGAUGAUCCUGUUGUACUAGGACAGGAUAUAAUAGAUGAUAAUGCUGAUUUAGAAGAGGAAUGUUUAACCAAUUCAAGAUCUGGUUCAAAUUUAUACAUUUCUAAACAUGCUUUGCUUCCAAGGCCAAUUUUAUGGAUAGAACAGCCAAAAUCUAGUUGCCCAGAUAUUAAAAGCAAAUUAUCAACAUCUACCAAUAAAUGGUCCAUGCCCAGUUCAAUCUGCAAACCAUUACCUACCUGCAAAGUCCUUGCGUUUGGGCCUAACAGUAAUACUUUAGUGCCAUCUUUAAGAACCAAAGUAGGGUCAGAAAGACUCAGGAUCAUCUACCAAUCAGCUUGGCAUCAUCCAUCAGGACUGCACCCAGCUCUUAAAAAGCCUUUCUCAUCCAUAAGACAUGUGAUUAAAAGAGAUCCUGAGAUAUCUUGGAAUGUGUAUCGUGCAAAAACACCUAGGUGUAAAGCCAUCUGGUAGUAAGUUUGGCUGAGAUUUCCAUGACUGUGACUUGUUUUGCUUUAAGGUAGGACUGUGCUGUAAGAUGCAUAUUCAAACUGAAUGAAGACGUAAAAUAUUAGACGAUGGCUCAACUGUUCUCAUUCUUGCAUUCUUUU